UGCCCUGCGCCCUGCUCCAGCACAGACCCAGCCGAUUGGUUUGUUUACCCUGAUUUGGAAAGACUCGCGCAGUGCAAUGAAAGCAUGCUUCUCGAUUUCAACAUCUACAACACUGUGACUGAUCCUCAACAUCAUUCAACCAUCUACACUUGCACAACCCCCGGAGACCUUGCCUCCUGGGGUCCAUCCAGCACCAAUUCAUCCGACAGCGGCUCCAGCUCUCCUGUUACGUAUGAGGUUGGCAUUUGGAAAGCCAGCUCCCCGCCGGGGAGUUCGCAGCUUCUCGCUCUGCUGCGAGAUAUGCAUAGCUACCUGAUUGCCAACCCUCACAAGGGAGAAUUAUUCGGCUACUCUAAUCGAGUAAGCGUCGGGGUUUACCUUGGUGGCAGUUUGCAGCUGACUCCCAACGUUGAUUUUGCACUCAAUGAGAUGAUCUCCCUGUCACAAAAUUCCACUUACGACCGGGCAAUCUUGCAAUACUGCGGUUCAAACGCCAAUAAUACUUUGGGUGUGGCAGUUUCAACGAACGGAGACAUCACUACUGUACAACAAUACAUUCAAUCCUGGAGCAAGGCCGACUGUAUAUCGGACUAUGACAGCCACAGUUCUGGAACAACAACCCUGUGGACUAGUCAAACAGGGCUUCGCAACAGUACUGGUGCAUUCACUACUAUUACGUCAAAUACAACUACCUCAUCCCACUCCAGCUGUUCUUAUAUCCAGGUCGUGUCAGGUGAUUUAUGUGCUACACUCGUCUCUGAAUGUGGUAUCACUGCUGCUGAGUUCUACCAAUAUAAUACUGCCUCAGAUCUAUGCUCGACACUGGAAGUUGGACAAUAUGUGUGCUGCUCCUCCGGGGGUUUGCCAGAUUUCUCCCCAUCCGCUUAUAGCAACGGCACCUGUUAUACCUACACAGUCCAGUCCGGUGACACUUGUUCGGCGCUGGCGCAGACUUAUAGCCUCACGGUCGCGGAGAUCGACUCCUACAACAACGAUACAUGGGGCUGGUACGGAUGUGAUGACUUGCAGGCGGGGACCAACAUUUGUCUUUCUACUGGCAAUGCCCCCUACCCGGCAGCUAUAACCAACGCUGUUUGUGGGCCCCAGGUGCCGGGAACCAACUUCACUGAUGCACCCACUUCCUUUUACUGGGCUCAGUUAAACCCGUGUCCUCUAAAUGCAUGCUGUGAUGUCUGGGGUCAGUGUGGUACUACCCCGUUGUACUGCAAUGACACGCGAGCUUCCACAGGGGCCCCAGGUACCGCAGCCGCUGGCUCAAAUGGUUGCAUCUACAAUUGUGGAACGAACAUUACCAACUAUGCCGAGGAGCCGUCUGGAUAUGAUGUGAUUGGUUAUCUGGAAGCCAGCAGUGUCAACCGUACGUGUCUCAGAUGGCAGGCCUCUGACGUGAAUACUACGAAGUAUACGCAUGUCAAUUUCGGCUUUGGAAACAUUGCAUCCGACUUCUCUAUCAAUGUAGAUGGGAUGGAAUCAGAUUUUAAUCUUUUUCUGAAACUGGUUGGGACUAAGCGAAUCUUGUCCUUUGGUGGAUGGGACUUUUCUACGAGCAGCAGCACGUAUAUGAUAUUCCGUGAGGGAACCGCUGCGGCAAAUCGUGAGACCUUCGCGACGAACGUGGCCAAUUUCAUUACUGAGAAAGAACUUGAUGGAGUCGACUUCGAUUGGGAGUAUCCUGGGGAGCCUGAUAUCUCCGGGAUUCCGGCAGGUGGUUCAGAUGAAGGCGAGAAUUACCUGGAAUUUCUGAAAGUCCUGCGUGCACUCGUGGCCAAUGAUACAAUCAUUUCGGUAACUGCUCCGUCAUCGUACUGGUAUCUGAAAGCCUUCCCAAUCGCUGAGAUGGCCGAAGUCGUUGACUAUAUCAAUUACAUGACUUACGAUCUUCAUGGUAUCUGGGAUCUGGGCAACGAAUAUUCGCAAUGGGGUUGCAGCGAUGGAGACUGUUUGUUCUCGCAUGUGAAUAUGACGGAAACAAUGUGGGCAUUGGCGAUGAUCACCAAAGCUGGGGUAGCGACAAAAGACAUUCGCGUCGGUGUCUCCAGCUACGGCCGUUCCUUUCAUAUGACCACCGCGGGCUGCUAUGAGUCGUGGUGUACAUAUGAUACUGCGGGCGCCGCAGGACCCUGCACUGACACAGCCGGAUACAUCGCUGAGGCCGAGAUGGAGGAGAUUCUAGCCUCGGAUACGACGACCCAGACUUACUCCACGUACGACACUGAUAUUCUGGUUUAUAACGAGACCCAAUGGGUAGGCUACAUGAAUUCCACUACGCGCGCGAGCCGGAUGGCAUACUACGAGCAGUUCAACUUCGGUGGCACGGCCGAGUGGGCCAUUGACCUG